AUGAGAUUAGCACUGUUAGUAAAGAACAAGAUAGGGUUCAUAAAUGGAACAUGCUUAAAAAGUGCAUACAAAGGAGAUCAAGCAAUGAAAUGGGAGUGGUGUAAUGAUGUGGUACUUUCAAGGAUAUGCAGUACUGUGGCACCAGAACUCGUAUCAAGCAUAACGUAUGCAUCAAAUGUAAGGAGAGUAUGGGAAGAUUUUAAGGAAAUAUUUGAGAAAACCAACCCCACUAGAGUCUAUCAUUUAUGGAAUGAGAUUGGAGCAUUAAGGCUGAAUACAGACUCAGUCACUUUCUAUUUCAAUAGAUUGAAGGAUUACUGGGAUGAGUUAGAUGUGUCAACUCCUCAUCCGUGUGGUUGUGAUGAGUCCAAACCUUAUGUGGAGCAUAUGGGCAAUAUGAGGUUGUUGCAGCUCCUAGUAGGAUUGAAUGAAAGUUAUAGUCAAGUUAGAAGUGCAAUCCUUCAGCACAAGCCUGCACUAAGUGUUAAUGAGGCUUAUUCAGUGGUGAUUCAAGAGGAGAGUCAAAGUCAUAAACACCAACAAAGAAUCACUUACCUUAUUGCUGGGAGAAGUCAAGGGAUCAGUCCUAGAAAGCCAGCAUCAAAUUUUAAAAGCAAUAAAAGUUCAGUUGGUACUGAGAAGCCACAAUUUGGAGGAACUAAGUCUUAUUCAAAUGCAGCCAUCCCUUCUAAUGAAGCCAGCACUAGCACUUCUCAAGGUCAUUUCUUCACUGAGGAGCAAUACAAACAACUGCUGAAUUUUCUGAAUUUUCAAAUUGAUGAACUUUACAAUGGGAAGGUGAUUGGGAUUGGUACACAUAAAGGUGGAUUGCAUAUACUAUGGAAGCAAGAUCAAUAUGCAGCAGCAUCAACAGUUACUGCUGUGAAUAAAGCAAAGGAGAAUAAGACUAUGAAGCCUAGAUGUACAGUUGAUAAUAAAAUGAUCAUGCUGUGGCAUAAGAGAUUGGGGCAUCCAUCACCACAGGAAAUGAAACAUAUCACUAGAUUCAGAGACGCAAUAAAGGAAAAGUUGCAAGAUAGUUAUGAGAUAUGUCCAUUAGCUAAGCAACAUAGACUCAAGUUUCCUUCUAGUACCACAACCACUAAUGUUGUAUUUGAAUUGCUUCAUUUAGAUGUCUGGGGACCAUAUAAAGUCCCUACAUAUGACAAGAAGCAUUACUUUGUAACUGUGGUGGAUGACUUCGGUAGAUAUACAUGGGCAUGUUUGAUUCAGUCUAAAUCUGAUGUGAUAGUAGUUUUGACUAAUUUUCUAUGCAUGGUAAGGAAUCAAUUUGCUAACUUUGUAAAGGUAAUAAGGACAGAUAAUGGAACAGAAUUCUUUAAUACUAAAUGUGAUGAAUUGUUAGCAUCUCAUGGUAUAUUGCAUCAAAGUAGUUGUCCCUACACUCCUCAACAAAAUGGAGUAGUAGAAAGGAAACAUAAGCACAUACUAGAAGUAGCUAGAGCACUAAAGUUGCAAUCACACAUGCCAAAAAGGUUUUGGGGAGAUUGCAUCAAAACAGCUGUGUACCUCAUCAAUAGACUUCCUACACCAGUUUUGAGUGGGCAAGCACCUUAUACAAUGCUGUAUGGUAAGGAAGAACAUAUAGAACAAUUGAGGGUGUUUGGUUGUUUGUGUUUUUCAAGUGUCUUACCUAGAGGUGACAAAUUUAGUGUAAGGGCCAGGAGAACAGCCUUUCUUGGUUACUUAGAAGCACAAAAGGGUUACAAAUUAUAUGAUUUUGACUUUAAGAGCUUUGUUGUUAGUAGAGAUGUUGUUUUCAGGGAAAAUGUAUUUCCUUUUCAACAGAUAGAAAAGGAAGGAAUAGCAGACAUAUUUGUUCCCAUUGGUGGUCUAGACAUGCAGAGUGAUUCUUCUGAAGUGAUGCAUGAUCCAGUAGGAACAAAAGGACAUUCAGAGCACACAAAUAGUGCUCCUCCUCAUAGUGAUGCUCCUACCUCAAAUGAGGAUCUUAUCCCAGAUGCAGAUGAAGCUCAAGUUCAAGAUGUAGCUGCAUCAGACCACUUGGAUUAA